GCCAAGAGCAAUGCCUAAAUUCUCGUACAUUCUGUAUUUACUAGUAGUUUUACUGGUUUCUAAAGUUAAUUCGGAAAUACCUUCAUCCGAAAACAGAUCCUCAAUUACCAACCAAGCUGUAAAGCCAAGGUCUCUGGACGACUGUACGCCUGGCAAAGUUUUUUCUUUGGCACCAGAGAACUAUUACGAAACCACCAAAAGUGGAAUAUUCUUCGUUAAGUUUUAUGAGCCAAAUUGCAUUGGCUGCCGAAAAGUUGAGAAUAUUUGGACAGACCUGGCCCAAUCUUUGAAAUUGAAGAGGAACAUUUGUUUUGCUGAAUUGAACUGUCAAUUCGCAAAAUUAAUAUGCAAGGACUACGAAUUACGCUACGAACCGAAUUUAGUAUGGCUUGAGAACGGAUUCAAAGUUCGCCAUUAUGAUGGAGACCAAAAUUUCAGCGACCUUAAAAAGUUCGUCAAUGAUAUGAAUAGGUUGAAUGACACCAACUCUUCUGCAGAAAGGAUACAUUUUCACUUUAAACUUCUUGAAUUGGUUCUGUAAGACUGAUUAUGCGUAUAAUUAAAAUAAUUUGAGUUUGA